AUGAGCAUUACCAACCACAGCCGUCUGGAUACGGUGGCUCUCAUAUUAUUAGGACUCAGGUCAUUCAUUAACUGGGAAUCUUUCCACCUUGGAUCUCUUCCGGUUCCCCGAUUCACGAUCACCUCGCUCGAAAUGAAGUUAGGGCUUGUGGGAUGAGGAGCGUGUGUCAAUGGAUGAACUUGGCCAGAAUUCAUACUAAGGAGAUGGUUUUGGGAUUGCAGGUCCAACCACGUAGCCUGCACUACUCGCCGUUCAACCCACAGAACCGGCCUGCUGGGAAAUCGAUGGCACGAUUCUGCUAGCAGUGUUGUCUAACCGCGAGCUGGAAGUACAUCCUUUCGACCGUCGGUGGAUAACUGGACGGUUUUCCUUGACGUCAAAAUCAGAAUUGUGACCGCCGUUGGUUCGGACGAGUGGUGUCGAAAGGAGGUUGCAGAGACGGGUAGACGGAUAAUGCCUUGACUAUGUUGUCGAAGACUCGAAGGGAACGAAGUGUGUAAAAUCUGAAGAAGCGAUCAGCAUGACCAGGUCUUAUGAUAACUCCAAAUGUUCCCAUACAUGCUCUUGAUUGUUAGAGUUCAAUGUCUUCGUGGCCGAGUAAGAAUAGGUUAUGUCGACAGUUUCUCGUGAUGCCGGCUCCCAUCCGAGGUUAUGAGAUUGUGGGAAGGUGCUCAUGAUGUGCGAUAGGUCCCAGGAAGUGACUCAUACGUCUUCACCACCUUGGCUAAAGCCUAAACGAGCAUACGGAAUAGGACUCUUUGCCUGCUAUCACCAAGCUCAGAGGCAAUUCAGGACAAAGAAAUACCGGAUUGUCCAGAUUUCAAAUAGCGUUUGGCAGGUUACGCAAUCGAUCAACAUUACGUGCAGCUACCGCCGAGGAUAAAUUCAGCAAGAUUCAGCUCUGCUUGACAUAAAUCAUCGAAACCUCCUUCAGAAAAUGCCUGCUCAAUCUGCAAUCAAAAUCGCUGUCCUCAUCACAGGAGCAACAGGCUACAUCGGUGGAAGUGUUCUCAGCGGGCUACUCAAACUCCCCGAAGCAUCUUCCAAGUUCGAAUUCCACGCAGUUGUUAGGAAUGCCGAGAAAGCGAAAAAGUUGAACGAUCUAUUUGGCGUCAAAGCCAUUAUCGGUUCACAUUCCGACCAGGAUUUGAUGUCGAAGGAAGCCGCAAAGGCAGAUAUCGUGUUGGCCAUGGCUGACUGCGACGAUGUGGGUGCUGCCGAAGGUGUCCUGAAAGGAAUGAAGAAACGGUAUGAAGAUACUGGGAAGCCCCCCAUACUUAUCCAUACCUCAGGAACUGGUGUUGUGUGGGACAGAUCAAAAGAGGAUGGCGCAAAGGGAAUUGUCUGGGAUGACGAGGACGUCGCCCAAUUGGACACAAUCCAUCCAGAAGCUAUUCACCGUCCAGCGGAACUCAAGGUUCUCGCCGCUGAUCAAGAAGGCUAUGUCAAGACGUAUAUCGUUUCUCCUUCCAUAAUCUACGGUAUCGCUCGCAACCCUCUCGUCGAAGCUGGGAUAGCAAACGCGGCGACCGUUCUCUUCAAGAUGCUCGUUCCGCCAGCUGUAAAGAGGGGCGCUGGAAUAUUUGUACUUGAUGGGAAGAAUCGGUGGCCUAAUGUUCAUAUCGAUGAACUCGCCGACCUUUACGUCCUACUAUUCAACGCGGUCCUAACCAAGGACAUUUCACAUGGCAAGGGGGGGUAUUUCUUUGCAAAUGCCGACGAACAUGAGUAUUGCGACCUUUACAACCGGAUUUCUCAAGUUCUUUUCGAAUUGGGGAAAAUCAGGAACCCAGUUCCUACCUCAUUUUCGAAGGAGGAAGCGAAGGAACAUUUCGGUGACGUUGGCGGACAUGUAUACUCGGUGUUGGCAUCGGAUGUGCGAUGCGUCAGUAACCGAGCGAAGAAAUUGGGAUGGAAGCCAACGAAGACGACGAAAGACUUCCUCGAUAUCGUCCCUCGAGAAGUCGAACAUGUCUUGAAUGAUUCGGGGCAAUGA